AUGGACGCUACCAAUGCCUUCGAUUCUGUGAUAUCCUGCUCGCUUCUUCCCUUAUCAUUCGAUGUUUUCUCCUCUGCACGCCAUCUUCAAGCACAUUUGGGCGCGAAGAUUUCGCGAGAGAGGAGUGAUGCCAUUGAUGCUACAGACGCUGAGGUUGCUCUGGGAACAUCCAAGAAGAACAGACUUGCUUCUGCCAACGCGAAUGCUCUGAAACUUAGCUGUGAGCUUCUCAAGAGCUUUGUCUCAGAGGCUGUGCAGCGCGCGGCUAUAAUUGCUGAAGCUGAGGGGAUGGAUAAGAUUGAAGCGAGUCAUUUUGAGAGGAUUCUUCCUCAGCUUCUUUUAGACUUUUAAAAGGUAUGUAUCAUCGAUAAUAAAUUUUGACUGUUAAUGUCUGAUGAUUAACAGUGAUUUCACGCAAGGUUUUUUGAAGAUAAUAUAAAUAGUCUAUUUCGCAUCUAUGAGAAAAAGAGAGCCUAGUAUAGUAUAUUUGACUUGAUCCUGUCCGUUACAUACAGUAGUGUUUGCAUGCACAUGGUUCGUCUUCUCCUCCAUUCUCUUUGGUUUACCUUCUGCUCAGAAAAACAAAAACCACAGGCUGUAUGCAGAUGGUGAUUUCCUUGUGAUAAAGUUUUAAUACUUAGGUGAAAAUGAACAGAUACAAGUAUUGUGUUUUCUUGAUUAACUCAAGUGGAGACACAUGGUAAUCGUUUCGAUGAAUGAUCCUUUGGACAAUCAACUCGUCCAUGAGCAAUGUCAGAGGAAGUUAGGCUCAGUAGCUGAUGUUAGGAUUGAUUCUUUUUUAGUCAGGCCGUAACUAACUUGGAGCUUACUACAAGUUCACAUGGGGUUGCGGUGACGCCGAAUGAGUAUUUACGACCAGACCGUGACAUCUGUCUCUUUCUGACAUCAUAGUUAAAGGAUACCUCGACAGUCGCUAUAUAUAUAGUUUUUUUUCUUAUCUAGUUAUCUCAUAAAUCUUUACGCAAAUUCACGAAAAUGGCUUCUUCUGCGGAUGCUCCUCUAGAGAGUGGCCUUUCGUCUCUAAGAUUGGCGGCGGAUAAGUACCGAUCGAUCUUGAACGAUGAAAAAACUGGAAAUAUACGGUGGAGGUACGGUGGUCCUCCGCUAUUUGACACUGUGAACAAGCUCUUCGAAGAAGAAAGAACCCAUCUAAUAUUGCUACUAGGGAAGAGAGAGACAAGUAUAGAUCAGUCCUUAACGAUGUAGGAGAGGUCCAAUGGAGGUAUGGUCACCCUCCAGCUUUUGAUCUUGUGAACCAGCUCUUUGAAGAAGGCCAGACAAAGGUUUGGCCAGAAGGAUCCUUGGAAGAGACGGUUCAAAACGCUAUCAUGUCAUGGGAGAUGGAGUUCUCACACAAGAUCCGUUUACAAGACUUCAAGACUAUAAACCCUGAUAAGUUUAAGCUCUUUGUCAAUGGUAACUACCACAAACACCUAUCAAUAUGAUCUUCAAGUUGUAUAAUCCGUUUACAAGACUUCAAGACUAUAAACCCUGAUAAGUUUAAGCUCUUUGUCAAUGGGAGAGAAGGAUUAUCGGCUGAAGAAACACUUAGGCUUGGGAGUUACAAUGCUUUGCU